CUCAUACACAUUACGUAAACCACAUGGCAUAUCAAAGGCAAGCUAUAAUAAUUGAGACCUUCAAUACUUUGAGCAUAAACAAGAGGAAUUCGAAAAUGAGAGCUCUGAAGGAGGAAAUAUCUGUCGAAGAUUAUCUCCGUUUCUUUCACUCCCAAAAGCGAUUCGAUUUUACCGUCAAUUUUCUCAAUCAGAUCAUUGUCAUCCACGGGUUUAAGAAAAUCCUUCAACGCCCUAAGAAGGUGUUAACCGAAGCCAUCGAAACAAUUGACCUUCUCAAUCUCUCGCGCUCCACUUUGAGAGACAAUGGCAUGUCCUCAUGCGCAUUCAUCAAUCUCGAGGAUGUUAUCGCAGACCUGAACGACCUCAAUUGGCAAGAUUGUCGCGUCACCUCUAUACAAACGCUAAACUCACCCAAAGACGACUUCUCUUCAAAUACUCAUGCCACCGAUACCGCUAACCACUCUCUCGGCCUCAGUUCGAAAUCGACAGCAGACUGUCAUGGAGCUGAUGUGGUUGCUCUUGCCCCAGGCUCUUCUUCGAAUGGUGGCUCCACGACUGGCAGAGGCGCCCCAAAAUUGGGCCGCAAGAGGAAAAGAGAAGGCGGCCGUGAGUUGGGAUCUCCAUCUUCGGGUCUUGCGUCGCUUGGAUCGUGUUGAAUUUGUGGAGGUGAUGAUUGUGUAUUUCUGUUUGUUUUCUACAAUGCCUGGAUUUUUUUUCUAUUUUGUUAUUCUGAAUCUCUGAUUGAUCAAAAGGGCACUUUGUGCCUUUUUCAUCGUGCUUGAAGCGCAAGGGCUCUUAUGUCCUUCGAGCAACAUUUAGGCCUUUUUUAAAACUUUAAAUACAGAUUCACAUAAUUCUUACUGUA